AUGGUGGAACAGGAGUUUUCAGCACUCGUACCCUCACAGAAAUACUACUUAGAAAAACACUCCAUGCACAAAAAUACCUUUACAAAGGCUAAGGACUCCAGGCUCACCUGCCGGGGAGGCGCCAAUGGGCGGAGUCAAGGGCCGGAAGUGCCCCGGAGGGCCGGCCUUCCCGCGAAAACCGCCGGCCGGAACUGCCAGGAGGUCCCGCCCCCAGGCGGAACUCCGGGUUGCUGGGCAACCGAAGUGGGCGCCUUCGGCAGGCUCAGUGUUCCCUGGAACAAGCCGAGUGUAGCUCCCACCUCUUGUCCUGGCAACCUCCCGUCCCGCCCGCCUUCCUUCUUGCCGCCUCUCCUUGCGUCGCGGAAUCCCUGCCCUUGGCACUACGCACACGUCUCCGGCUCCCACUACCACUUAGCGCCCACCUGCCUGAAAGCCAGUCUCCACCCGAAGCGAAGCGACCGGGCCCCAGGCGUGGCUUCCAGGCUCACAGACCGCACCCUCCCAGCCAUGGGCACCUACACCUACACCAGCCGGCCCCGGGCCCUGCCCUGCCAGCGCCGCCGUUACCGGGACAGCAUAAUGCAGCCAGCUGAAGAACCUAUGCAUUAUGGAAACAUAAUGUAUGACAGAAGGGUGAUCCGAGGCAAUACUUAUGCUCUACAGACAGGACCACUGCCUGGGCAGCCUGAUCCUAUAGAGGUUCAGAGACAGCAGCAGGCUAAGAGGAGGGCUCUUGCCAGAAAACGAGCCCAAGAACAGCUCAGACCACGAACCCCCGAACCCGUGGAAGGCAGAAAGCAUGUGGAUGUGCAAACAGAAAUAUACCUUGAAGAAAUUGCUGACCGCAUAAUAGAAGUUGAUAUGGAAUGCCAAACAGAUGCAUUUUUGGACAGACCACCAACACCGCUCUUUAUUCCUGCCAAAACUGGCAAAGAUGUGGCCACCCAAAUACUAGAAGGAGAGCUCUUUGACUUUGAUCUUGAAGUAAAACCAAUGUUAGAAGUUCUGGUGGGGAAGACCAUUGAGCAGUCGCUUCUGGAAGUAAUGGAAGAAGAAGAGUUGGCUAACCUGCGGGCCAGUCAGCAUGCAUAUGAAGAGUUACGCAAUGUUGAACUAGCUGAAGUUCAGCGACUUGAAGAGCAAGAGAGACGGCACAGAGAAGAAAAAGAGCGGCGUAAGCAACAGCAGUGGGAGGUGGUCUACAAGCACAAUGAGACCUCGCAGAAAGUGGCCGCUCGGGCGUUCGCGCAGCGCUACCUGGCGGACCUCCUCCCGUCCGUGUUUGGCAGUCUCAGGGACGGUGGCUACUUCUAUGAUCCCAUUGAAAGAGAUAUUGAGAUAGGAUUCCUUCCAUGGCUAAUGAAUGAAGUUGACAAAACCAUGGAAAACAGUAUGGUGGGAAGGACAGUGCUUGACAUGUUGAUCCGUGAGGUGGUCGAGAAGAGACUGUCUAUGUACGAGCGUAAGGAGGACCAGCCCCCAUAUGUGAAGGCUGAGGAUGGGCUCGGUGGCCCUGGAGCAAUGGGAGAACCACUGAUGGGUGAUGAAGUCCAUGAGCAAAGUACAUCACAGCCACAGAGGCCCCUUUCGGACAGAGACUCCCUGCAAAGAACACCAAGCGAUGGAAGGUACACGGAGAACAUGUCAUCCCGAGAAAGGAAGCUUAUGGAAGAAGGAGAGGAUGAACAAACAAUAAGGAAAACCUCAGGGAGAGAACUAUUGCAACCGAGGGGAGUCUUCGAGCCAUGACACCACUCAGCGGCCAGUCAGCAUUGCGAGCAAUCAGGUAACGAUGCGCAGGUCCCCUCAGGUUAUGGAAAUUAUGUUGUAUUUACUCAACAUGUCUUUUUGUCUCAUGGAU